GAAACGUAACAACACAACGCUGGUGUCAUUUCCUGCUGCCAUGCUAGGUGGUGCGGACUUGUUUGAAGCUUCACAUUAGUUUACAAUUUCCAUUAUUAGCAAAUUCACUAGGGAAUAUUUUCAUACAGGCAGCACCAUGAGUACGUUAUGGAUGGGAAACCUGGAGGCUUACAUGGAUGAGAAGUUUAUCACCAGAGCCUUUUCCACCAUGGGUGAGCAGGUGGUUAAUGUGCGGAUCAUACGCAACAAGAUGACAGGUGUAUUGUUACCUAGGGGUGCUCUUGGUUACUGUUUUGUGGAGAUGACAGAUGAGGCCACAGCUGAAAGGUGUCUACGCAAAAUCAAUGGAAAAGCCUUACCAGGAGCUAAUCCGCCCACAAGGUUCAAGCUGAACCGAGCAACCUUCGGGAAACAGGACAGUGGUCAGAUGUAUUCUCUGUUUGUGGGAGAUCUAACUCCAGAGGUGGACGAUGGCAUGCUUUAUGAGUUCUUUUACAACCGGUACCCUUCUUGUCGUGGUGGAAAAGUGGUGCUUGACAGCAUGGGAAACUCAAAGGGCUGUGGCUUUGUGCAGUUCCCAGACGAAAGACUGCAGAAGCGGGCCUUAGAGGACUGUCAGGGUGCUGUGGGACUGGGUGGUAAGCCUCUGAGGUUGAGCCUAGCUGCUAACAAUUUAAGGAACAAGCAACAGCAGCAGCAGUCAGAGAACAAAUCAUGGCAGUCUUCAGGAUACAGACAGAACUAUGACCAGUACAACCAGUACCAGCAGCAGGCCUAUGCUGGGUAUUACUCCUCAUGGGGCUAUGACCAGACUGGAGGGAUGUAUGGCUACAACUAUCCGCAAUAUGAUUACACACAGUAUCCUCCACCACAGGAAAGUGAAGCUGUUGAAGAGGAUGAAGGACUUGAAGAUCCCAGUGUGGAGCUGGAUGUGAUGGAGGCCAACAGGAAGUUCAUGGAGCUCAGUGAGGAACUGUAUGAUGCUCUGAUUGAGUGUCACUGGCAGCCUGCCGAAUUCACUGCUGAACAGGACUAUGUGACAUCCUGCCUACCAGAACCCAUUUACUGCUGAAACUGGGCAAUUCUUCUAUGGACUUUAACUACCAGUUUUGCUUUUUUUGGUUGAAGAAAUUUCCAGCAUAUGAAUUAUGUUUUUUUUUAAGAGCUGUAGUUAUAUGUCAGGUGAUCAAUUUUUUUUAGUGUGAAAACCUGUUGAUGAUUAAACCUUUAAGUGUUCAGAACUAAAA